AUGUCACAGAACCAGUCGCCCUCGCCGGUUCCGUCUCAGAACUAUCCUACUUCAUUACACAAUGCCUUAAUGGCAACCAUUCAACAGCCAAUGCUGAGUCCGCUGCCCAGACUGUUUAGCCUUGCGGACGUCCAUGCUGCUACCCAGGCCGCUCAGCAGCAGGAAAUGGCUCAACGCCUUCAUGGCCAGGGCUUAGGAAUGGAAUGGUCACAAACUCCGCUAUCCCAGGUGCCCUUCGGCCACGCUGGUUUUAACGCAUUUAACUCACAGCCCGGCAUCUUCAAUGCCCAGCCGGGCGUGCAGCUUACCCCUGGCCACCUGUCGCCGACGUUCAUGGGCGUCGGCCCCCCGACAUCCUCAAAGGCAUACACGAAGGCGGCCAAGGCCAAGGCCUCCAUGCCCAGCGCGGCGGGGCCCCCACCAUGGACGGCCCGGAGGCGCUCGACGUCGACCCAUCCCCUGAGGCUGAUGCGGGUGCCCUUCGGCCACGCUGGUUUUAAUGUGUUUAACUCACAGCCCGGCAUCUUCAAUGCCCAGCCAGGCGUGCAGCUUCCCCCCGGCCAGCUGUCGCCGACGUUCGUCAUGGGCGUCGCCCCCCCUCCAACCUCUAAGGCACCCAAGAAAGCGUCCAAGGCCAAAGGCGCCAAGGCCUCCAGGCCCAGUGCGGCGGUUCCCCCCGCCAUGGACGGCCCGGAGGCGCUCGAUGUCGACCCAUCCCCUGAGGCGGCUGCGGGUGGUGACAAGACACGGUCGCGAGACUCGAACGUCGACGGCAAGGAGGCCAUCAAAAUGGUGAAACUCUAUAUCGUGGGCCAGCAUGUCCGGUCGAAGAGGAACUCCAGCAAGACCAACGGUGGCAUCCACAUGACCGGUGCAGCGCUGAACCAGUGGAUGGAGGAGAACAAGCCCCUGUACGGACUGGCGGCCCGCAAGGUGGACACAAUUAACAACAAGGUGGCCGCGCUCAUCACUGUAAUGACGAAGGUUCGCAACCACGAGCGCAGAACCGGCUUCAACGCGCCCUCUGUGUGGCACCUGGACGAGGAUGAGCUUGCCGAGAACUUCACCCGCCUGAAAGUUCCCGGCUGCUUCACGCAGGAGGUGUACGAGACUCUGCAUGACUUCUCGGAGAACAAGCCCAAGAUGAACCCCCGCAAUCACACCGGCCUGCGCCGCAAGUCGUCGAGCAAGGCCAGCCCCGCGAUGGGACUGAUGGCUGCCGCCCUGGGCGACCUGACCGACAGCAUCAAGUCACACUGCAGCUCAGACGACGCCGACCGCAAGGAAGCAUUUGCUCAAAUCGGCAACCUCACGGAGGCGGUAAGCAAGCUGGCGCAGGCAGCCGACGAUGAGGAGGAGCGCAAGCUCAAGAUCCACGAGUCGCAUCAGCGCAUGCUGUUGCGCAAGCUGGAGGCCUAUCAGAAGAUGUUUGAUGUCAACAACGCCACCCAGGAGGAGCUGGACGCGGUGACCGCCGAGGUCAAGGAGUUGAUGAACAGGCCCCUCUGA